AAAAAAACAUACAUUAACCAUAAAAAAAAGUUUACCCCUUCCAAUCUCUAACGCUAUUUCACAAUUCUCCAAUGGCGGCGGCUACCCUGACCCGCCUCUCAAAGCCCUACUCAUCAUCACUCUCACACUUCAGAAGAUUCAUAUCUUCUUCUUCUUCUUCUUCUUCAGCCGCCAUUUCAUCGGAGACCACCAAUCCUCCUUCUUCUCCUUUCACUUUCAACAACACCACUGCUCUAAGCCGCAAAGAUCCAAAGGACAGAAAUGUCCAGUGGGUUUUCCUCGGCUGCCCCGGCGUCGGCAAAGGCACCUACGCCAGCCGCCUCUCUUCCCUCCUCGGCGUCCCCCACAUCGCCACCGGCGAUCUCGUCCGCGAAGAACUCGCCUCCUCUGGCCCUCUCUCUCAUCAGCUAACAGAGAUUGUUAACCAAGGUAAAUUGGUUUCGGAUGAAAUUAUAAUAAGCUUAUUGUCAAAGAGGCUGGAGGCUGGGGAAACUAAAGGUGAAUCGGGAUUUAUUCUUGAUGGUUUCCCGCGAACAAUAAGACAAGCGGAAAUAUUGGAAGGGGUUACUGACAUUGACUUGGUGGUCAAUCUGAAGCUUCGGGAAGAUGUAUUGCUUGAGAAAUGUCUUGGAAGAAGAAUUUGCAGCGAGUGUGGGAAGAAUUUCAAUGUGGCCUCCAUUAAUGUCAAGGGUGAAAAUGGGAAUCCUGGUAUGAGCAUGGCUCCACUUCUUCCCCCUUCACACUGUAUGUCAAAGCUCGUUACUCGGUCAGAUGAUACCGAAACAGUAGUAACAGAACGGCUGCGUAUAUACAAUGAAAAGAGUCAGCCUGUGGAGGAAUUUUAUCGUAGUCGAGGAAAAAUAUUGGAGUUUGAUCUGCCAGGAGGGAUCCCAGCUUCCUGGCCAAAAUUGCUGGAAGCUCUCAAUCUUGAUGACUAUGAGGAGAAGCAGUCCGCUGCAGCAUAAGCUGUUUUACUGUACCUUUGAAGGUGAGUAUGUCAUUCUUUGCAUGUAUUAAGGUUCAUGCCUAGCAAUUUUGUAGGUAAAAAAGGGAAGCGGAGAACAACAUUUUUUUUUCUCCUUUUUGGAAAUAAAAAAACUUGAGCUCUGUGUAGCAAUUUGAUCCUCUUACUGAUGCCUGGAUUAGGCAUUUUGAUUUCUUUUUUUGUUUGACACAAAGAGGUUUCUGCUGUAUUAUUUACAUAAAGAGAGAGAGAAUCUGUGAAAUUAUUGUUUGAUUGAGGGAUGGUUUUGAUUUAGGAAGUAUUUGUGGCAGCAAUAAGCUUCAAUGCUGGAGGCUGAAACAUUUAUACUGUAUUAUUUAACUUGCGAUUAAUAGUUUAAUCGAAAUGCACUUUGAAGUGCUUAUCUGA